UGUGUUGUUAUUGUAUUUUCUCUUUGCAUUGGGCAUGCAGUCUCCCAGUUUAUCUCUCAGUUGAUUUGGCAUGGCUGAUGACAACACUGAGUUGUAACCAAUCAGGAAGUUGAUGUUGCUUUGAAAGUUCCGGUAUUGGCUUUACUUAAAUGGUCUGAAAUCUGUUGUCUUAUUCACACACUCCACUCCUCAAGCACACUGCUUAUCUUCAAGCCAUACUCCCCCUUUUACAGAGACAAUAACAUGCACUGUAAAGAUCAAAUCAGUCACAAAGACUAUCAGAGGACAGUGGAUUGGCUCCUAUCCCAAACACAACAUAGACCUAAAGUGGCCAUAAUCUGUGGAUCUGGGCUUGGCAUGCUAGCUGAUUCUCUCCAGUGCCAGGACUCCUUCAAGUACUCUGACAUUCCUGGCUUCCCCCAAAGCACAGUGCAGGGCCAUGUUGGGAAGCUGGUGUUUGGUGAACUCAAAGGGAAGACAUGUGUAUGUAUGCAGGGCCGAUUCCACAUGUAUGAAGGACACUCGCUGUGUAAGGUCACUUUCCCAGUGAGGGUGUUCAAGCUUUUGGGUGUGGAAACCCUGAUUGUCACGAAUGCUGCAGGGUCCAUAGCAGAAAGUUAUCACUGUGGUGACAUCAUGAUUAUUAGAGAUCACAUCAACUUUCCUGGACUUGCUGGUUUAAACCCACUAAAUGGCCCUAAUGAUGACAAGUUUGGACCUCGUUUCCCACCUAUGUCUGGAGUUUAUGAUAAAGAUUUGCGAAAGCUGGCCUUUGACAUCUGUAAGAGGAUGGGUGUCACCCAGUUUGUCCAUGAGGGUGUGUACUGUAUGGUGGGUGGACCCAACUUUGAGAGCAUAGCAGAAGCUAGGCUUCUGCACAAACUGGGAGUGGAUGCAGUGGGCAUGAGCACAGCUCCUGAAGUCCUUGUGGCCAGCCAUUGUGGCAUGCGUGUGUUCGGCCUCUCACUUAUAACCAAUAAAGUGGUGAAAAGCUAUGAAAACUCAGGGACCACCAAUCAUGAAGCUGUAUUGGAAGUGAGCAAAAUGAGAUCAGAAUUGCUGCAGAAGCUCAUUACUGAAAUCAUUAUUCAUAUGGAUAUUAACAAUAAUGAAGCAUGUCCAUAGUUUCAAGUAGUUUAAUCAAAUCUGCAGUAAAGUCUGUGGACUAACAGAAGUUCCUUCACUGUUCCCUUAUUAUUAUUAUUAUUAUUAUUAUUAUUAUUAUUAUUAUUAUUAUUAUUAUUAUUAUUAGGUCAGCCACUAUGAUUGAACACCUUGUUACCUUGUUUUUGAAUUUCUGAAAAUGUUUUUUUAAACUCAUCACUCACCAUACUACACUAGAGGGUGCUAUAAUAUUGAAAUAACAUACUGCUUGUGACAUUGUUUGUGGGUGUGUAUUAAUUUGCCACACUAAGGCAUUGCUCUUUUUGUUAGAGACUCUGGUUCAAAUUAAGACUAACUUUUCAAAUAUGCAUGUUUUUUUGGCUUAGGUUUUGAUUGCAAAUUUAAAUCUCAGCUUCACCAAGCUUCAGAAUAAGCAAGGCUCUUCCACAAAUCAAGUUGACUCUAUAAACUAGGCUUUUUUCUACAAGCCUGGAUAAAUUCCAUUGAUUUUGGUUCCAUAAAGGAAGCUAUUCUUAAAACUGCUUAGUUAGUAUAACAUGUUUUAUUAUAUUUACUGAUGAUACUCAUAAGGAUGUCUGAAGCACAAAUAUUUGGAAGAAGAGUACUAAUAGAUGCCUUCAGUAAGAGUGCAUAAAGAACAACUAAGACAUUUUAUUUGUCUAACUGUUUAUUCCACCUGAUACCAAAAGAAUGAAUUCUAAAACUAAUAAAUACCUGUAUACUGUUAAACUGUAGCAUCUGGCCAAAAUGGUGUUGGUGAAAAAGCCCAGUGUGCUGACAAUGAAUUUAUGAACUGCCCCUACACACCAUGGACACACAAGAGGGUAUGAUUC